GCCAUGGCUUUCCGCAGGAGGACGAAAAGUUACCCGCUCUUCAGCCAGGAGUUCGUCAUCCACAACCAUGCGGACAUCGGCUUCUGCCUGGUGCUCUGCGUCCUCAUCGGGCUUAUGUUCGAGGUCACUGCCAAGACUGCCUUCCUAUUUAUUUUACCUCAGUAUAACGUUAGUGUGCCUACAGCAGACAGCGAAACCGUGCACUACCACUACGGGCCGAAGGACCUGGUUACGAUCUUGUUCUACAUCUUCAUCACCAUCAUCUUGCACGCCGUGGUUCAGGAGUACAUUUUAGAUAAAAUCAGCAAACGGCUUCAUCUCUCUAAGGUCAAACACAGCAAGUUCAAUGAAUCUGGACAGCUGGUCGUCUUUCAUCUCAGCUCAGUGAUAUGGUGCUUCUACGUGGUGGUGACGGAAGGAUAUUUAACAAACCCGAGAAGCCUUUGGGAAGACUACCCGCAUGUGUACCUCCCCUUCCAGGUGAAGUUUUUCUACCUGUGCCAGCUGGCCUACUGGCUGCACGCACUCCCUGAGCUAUACUUCCAGAAGGUACGGAAGGAGGAAAUUCCCCGCCAGCUCCAGUACAUUUGCCUGUAUCUGGUCCACAUAGCCGGAGCAUACCUCCUAAACCUGAGCCGCCUAGGCCUGAUCUUGCUGCUGCUGCAGUACUCGACCGAGUUCCUCUUUCAUAUGGCCCGGCUCUUCUACUUUGCGGAUGAGAACAACGAGAAGCUAUUUAACGCCUGGGCUGCUGUGUUUGGGGUCACCCGCCUCUUCAUCCUCACUCUCGCCGUGCUGGCCAUCGGCUUUGGACUUGCUCGCAUGGAAAACCAGGCCUUUGACCCUGAGAAAGGGAACUUCAAUACCUUACUUUGCAGGCUCUGCGUGCUGCUGCUGGUGUGUGCUGCCCAGGCUUGGCUCAUGUGGCGCUUCAUCCACUCCCAGCUGCGGCACUGGCGGGAAUACUGGAACGAGCAGAGUGCCAAGCGGAGAGUCCCAGCUGCCCCCAGACUACCAGCCAGGCUCAUCAAGAGGGAAUCUGGUUACCAUGAAAAUGGAGUGGUGAAAGCAGAGAAUGGAACCUCCCCACGGACUAAGAAACUCAAGUCUCCUUAAGGCCAAAAUGCUGAGAACAGGAAUCUUCUUGUGGGGGCCGAGCAGGGCAGUGGGAGCCUCCAUCACUGCCUCCCCCUUCCUGCUCGUGAUGCUCCAUCUCAGACAGCAGGAACCUGUCUUUAAACGGGGCUUUUCCUUUCUUCUUGGCUUUCUCUUUAUUUUUCCAUAAAGCAUUCUCAAUAAAACCAAAAAUCUUCCUCUUUCUCUCCCUCAAGCCAUCUCAUGUCCUCACCUCUGUCCUGUGUUGGGUUUUCUAGAAGCCCAGGUUCUGGUUAUCUUUCUGCUUGUCUCUUCUUCCUCUUCCUUCACGGCUGCUUUUUUCUAUUUUUUACUUCUUUUACCGUAUUGUGCAAUUUUUCUGUCUUGAUUUUUACAAUGAGAGGGAGCUAAGAUUGCAGUCCUGGCAUCCAACACCCAGCAUCAGUCCCCAGGACCUGUUAAAGUCCAGAAGCCCCGUGCCAAGGAGCUUCCGCCUGGGGCCAAUAGCAGGCUCCCCGGUGGCCCCCGUGUGGAUGAGCAAGAAGAGGAGAGACCUACCCCCUCGGAUCAUCAUCUCCUAGGUGCUGAUUAACUGACGAGAUGUAUGAUUCCAGUUCUGCAUGACUGUCUCGAGGCCCAGCUGCGCCACUGCUUGUUGUAGAUGCCAAGGCGUUUGGCUUUGGGACCUGAUGGCUCGGUCCAGAAGGACGGUGUUAACUGUGUUGGGUCCCAUGACUCAAGACAGUUUGCCAGCGGCUGGUCUGGGACUGGAAACCAGCCUGCCCUUGCUCUGCCGUGGAAGUGCUGAAGGGAGGACAAGGCUUCCCACUCUAGAGCAAGAGCAAAAUGUACUGAGCAGCAGGCUUCAGGAGAGGUAAGGGCGGCGGAAAUGAUGGAGUCGACCCAGGCCUCUCUUCAGCAGCCCCAGCUGCACUUCCUUUUUCAACCAUUCACCAGCAUUCAAAACCAAAUCCGACCGCAGUUAACAGCCCAGCGGGCACUUGCUGGUCUGAAGUGCAGACCCAGGCAGCCCUGCGAGGGGCCAGCCUGCUGCCUGACUUCAUCUCUAGCUGUAGUCACACCAAGCCCCCGCUGGCCCCUGGGGCCCCAGGGGCCCCAGGGAGGGUCACCUGGGCCACUCACCCUCGAGCUUUUCUUGUUGAGUGUUCUUUGGAAUUGUCAUUGUCAUCUGCUGAUGUUUGUUGAGUGCACCUACAACAUUUUAGACAGUGCGAACCCAGGGCUGGCUGUUUAGACAAGCAGCACAGCUGUGCCGACGAGAGGCUUUCUGUCCUGUCCCUCAUGUAGCCUUUCCUCUCCUCUCCCCGCAAAGACAAGGCCUCCCCGUCCUGAUGGGGCCUUGUGAGGAUUCCAGAGAAGAGUUAGGCUUUCAGAGGUCCUGAGAACCCCUGAACUCUGUGCUGCAGCGAUGGGAGCAGUUCUUGGUGGGCAUAGGAACGUCAAUGUCAUUUGAUGUGCUGCUGUUCCGUUUUCUGACAUCACAGUAGAAGCCAAACUUUGGCUUAUUAUCCAAAAAGGGGGGGUGAGUCUUUUCAUCAAGGCAACUUCCCUUUCUCCAUGUCACUUGUAUCAGAAACCAAUUUAAAUUUUCUAGAGACCGAGGGAUUUGUUUCCUAUCACCACUGUAGACCUUCAUCUCUGUUCUGGAUAAGGUGGCUGAAAUGGGAGGAACUACCCUUGGCUGCUUCUGAUUCCCCUUAGGAAGUGGGACAGUGUUAUUGAAAAUAGGCGUUUCUCCCAUCUUCUGACACUUCUGUGGGCUGCAAAGCAAACCUUGGUAAAAGGGUAGCUUGGCAUCAACCCGACAGACCUGAUGUGGAAACCCUUAGCCAUUUCAGUCUGACAGCCCUGCCAUGGCUGUAGUUGGGUUUGGCUCCCUACCUGGCCUGGUGACUGCUAAUGGCAGGGCUGUUCAGCCAGCAGCCUCCUAUACCUGCCCCAUCGGCACAGCCACCACCCUGGUUUUCUCUGGGCCAUGUCCUGGGUGUGUUCUUACGCCCUGCAAGAGGCUGCUUCCCCAGGUGAGCCCCGUUAAACUGUGGCAUCAUGCCUUCAGCAAAUACAUGCGGUGCGCUGCUGGCUGGGGAGGUGCUGAGCAGCAGCUCACAUCCUGCCAUCAAGCAGCCUCCAUGUGCGUAGGUGUUUAGGUGUUCAUUACCAGAGACCACACAGUUUCGUGUUCCCUAAGUCUCCUGUAGGCUCCAGCGUUGUGGUAUAGUGUGCCUCAGAGGUGGUACUGCCAACCCAGGUUCUGUUUCCUAAAGAACAGCAUUUGUUUAGUGACGGGAGUUAGAUCUUUGUUGCUCUGUAGAACUCCCUGAGACCGUGAGUAAGGCUAACGUCUCACCAGCUGGGCUUCAGGAAUGAUAGGGGAAGGGGAUGAGAGGGUAAUUGUAGGAUGCUCUAUCACCCCACUGGCAUCCGUGGCACAUUUCUUUUAGAGCAGAGCCAAGUCUUUGGCAGGUUGGCUCAAAAACUGUGUUGCCAGGGGCCGAAAUAACUCAAUUCCACUUCAUCCUGUGAGCUUGUUUGGGCUGGCGUGUCCUGAUUUGGCCACUUUGUCUAUUUUCUUCAGUUUUAAACGCUCUCUCCUGUUCCCAACAUGCCAAGCCAUCUGCGAAGGCCCUGUCAGACACCUCCAAGUUGAGAGGCCAGCCCAGCACCACCCACAGAGCAGGAGAACACAUGCUAAUCUACCUCAGCAACCGCUGCCUCUCUCAACAUCUUAACUGGCACCAGUGUGUUGGGGGGAGGCAAGCAGAUGGCAGUGGCAGGAGAGGGAGAAGGAGGCCCUAUUGGCGGGACGGGAGCAUCCUAUGCUUCCGAUUCCCCUUCGAGGUUCAGUGAUGGGAAGGUCAUUCUUACCAUCCAGGCUCUGAGAGCUACACCAUUAAUAAAUUACAUGUGUUCCUUAUGAAGGUAGGAGAAGGUUCUGGGGGUGGGGGGGGCAGGCUGAGCCAGAAGGAGAGCUGCUUUUCUCCCAUUGUAGUCAAUUCAGUUGGUUUUUCCUAGGCCUGAGAGAAAAACAUAACUCCCCUGCCUAAGGGCCUCAGUGUCACAAGCAGAUAGAUGUCCAUUCCUGAUCUUCACAGGCUUCCAUUUGCUCAUGGAGUCUACAGAAGGCUUUUGAAUUAGGACAACUGAGUGGUCUGUCUUCCCUCCUGCUGCCUUCCCAGCUCACAGCCCUGUUUGUCAGGAGGGACUUGGGGCGCAGCUGAAGAAUUGAGUCAUUGCCAGAUCACUUGAAACCUAAAUAGAAUCCUUCUCCAGCCCAUGGUUAGCCCAGUGAGGAAGCCUCUACUAACUUUUCACUCUUUACUCCGGUUCUCACAUAAAUAUUAAUUCUUCUUCCCAAAAGGCUGAAAAAGACCCCCCUCACCCCCUCAGCUGCCUCAUGUCCCCUCACUCAUUCUUUUUCUGGAGGUCUCAGAAAAGCAUUGAGACUUUGAGACCUUCUGGCUCUAUGCGGCCUCUUGUGCUCGGCAGCCCAUGUGUUUGUCCCAAGCAGAUCCUAUUCUUGUUGAGUAAGAAGUGCCUUACUUGCCGUGUGGUCUUCCGGCCUUCACUUGUACUGUGUGGCCAGCCCCCCAGCUGCCAGGGCUCUAGGGUUGUCUGUCAUGUGCAGCCGAGAACACUGGACCCCGGCACAGUUACAUGUAAAAGAGACACGGAUUGUGACAGUUUUGCCUCAUUUGUCUCACCCUCCCACCUCCCAAUUGUUAGGGUCUGUGGUGUGUUCUAUUUUAUUUCUGAUUUCUCUCAUGUCAGUUUUCUGGCCCACCUGUGUGGCUGCAGAAGACUGUGAGGGCCCAAUGCAGGCACCUGUGCCUCAUAUAUCUAUUAGGGUAAGCUUAGAGGCCUCCAGGAGCACUAAGCCCCGCCGCCGUGCCUCUGGCCCAAACAUUCUGAGACCUGCUCUUCCAGGCCCCCCACCCAGAUUCUUAAAAAAAGGUACCCUUGCUAUACCUCUUCUGAUCUGUUUUGCUUCCCAUUCAACCCAAAGUUUAUAUUAUAAACGUGUUCAUUUCCCAGUCACAAGUGUUAACUCAUACCUGUUUGACAGUGAGUCUCAUUCAGCUGUUGCAGAACUUCUUGGAACUCCUAAUUCAGUGUUACCUUGUGUUAGCAGCAGCUCCCCUCUCCCCUGCCUCUUGCCUGCCUGCCUUUUCCUUGCUCUUCCGGGUUGUGCAAUAACCCUCCCAGCCAGUGGUCUUUCCACAGGCCUUGCUGUCCCUUCUAAUGCCCUAGGAAGAGGAGGCAACGGACCCAUGGGAGGGGCGGUCGUCAUCCCCUACAGAAGAAAUGUUAGCCACUUUCCCUUUGUUGCUGUCAUUCUAGUGAUCCUGGGUGGGUUUCUGUGGCACUCUAGUAGAACAUUGUAGCAUCAUCUUAGAAGUCCAUAUAUUUUUUAAAAAUCUUUUGAAAAGGAAAAAAAAAAAACUAUCCUCAUGAUGGGGCAUUAAUAAGUCAGUGUCUGGGAAUGAGAUUUGUGACACCCGAGGCA